UCCGCCCUUGAAGCCCCUGCUCGGCGCCGUCGACAUGGCGGUGCUCGCCGUCCUCCUGCGCGGCUGCUUCCGCGGGCGCGGGCUGCUCCUCCGAGGGCGGCUGCAGGAAAUAAAAUGUGUGGAGCGAAGUUAUGGAUCCAAACCCACUUUGAAUGAAGUGGUCAUAGUAAGUGCGACAAGAACACCCAUUGGGUCUUUUCUUGGUAACCUUUCCUCUCUCCCAGCCACUAAACUGGGCUCCAUUGCGAUUCAGAGCGCCAUUGAAAAGGCAGGGAUUGCAAAAGAAGAAGUGAAGGAAGCGUACAUGGGCAAUGUUCUACAAGGAGGUGAAGGACAAGCCCCGACAAGGCAAGCAGUACUGGGUGCAGGUUUACCUAUCUCCACUCCAUGCACAACCAUCAACAAAGUGUGUGCCUCUGGGAUGAAGGCCAUCAUGAUGGCCUCGCAGAACCUCAUGUGUGGGCACCAGGAUGUGAUGGUGGCAGGUGGGAUGGAGAGCAUGUCCAACGUCCCCUAUGUGAUGAACAGAGGAGCAACCCCCUACGGUGGGCUAAAACUUGAAGAUUUGAUCGUAAAAGAUGGCUUAACUGAUGUCUACAAUAAGAUUCACAUGGGCAACUGUGCUGAAAACACAGCUAAGAAGCUGAAGAUCCCACGAGAGGAACAGGAUACUUAUGCUAUUAACUCCUACACCAGAAGCAAAGCAGCAUGGGAAGCAGGAAAAUUUGGAAACGAAGUUACGCCUGUCACAAUUACAGUAAAAGGUAAACCAGAUGUAGUGGUGAAAGAAGAUGAAGAAUAUAAACGUGUUGAUUUUAGCAAAGUUCCAAAGCUGAAGACAGUUUUCCAAAAAGAAAAUGGCACAGUGACAGCUGCCAAUGCCAGCACACUGAACGAUGGGGCAGCCGCUGUGGUUCUGAUGACAGCAGAGGCAGCCAAAAGGCUCCAGGUUAAACCACUCGCCAGAGUAGCAGGAUUCGCUGAUGCUGCUGUAGAACCCAUUGAUUUUCCCAUUGCACCUGCAUAUGCUGUGCCUAAGGUCCUUAAAGAUGCAGGAUUGAAAAAAGAAGACAUUUCAAUGUGGGAAGUAAAUGAAGCAUUCAGCGUGGUUGUAUUAGCAAACAUUAAAAUGCUGGAGAUUGAUCCUCAAAAAGUGAAUAUCAAUGGAGGAGCUGUUUCCCUGGGACAUCCAAUCGGGAUGUCUGGAGCCAGGAUUGUCGUUCAUUUAGUUCAUGCCUUGAAGCAGGGACAAUACGGUCUUGCCAGCAUCUGCAAUGGAGGAGGAGGUGCUUCUGCCAUACUGAUCCAGAAGCUGUAGACAACCCCUGCUUCAGGCAGCAACCCUACAUGGCCAGAAGGACAUGUGACAGCCGACCCUCAUCAGCUUAUAUCCAAAAUAAUGUUUCAUUUUUUAUUAUUUUCUAACUUUUUUAUAAGCUAAAAAGAUCAAAUCCCAAAACCUUUUAAAUCGCAAAUAAAUGUUUUCUUCUGCUUUAUGUUUCCUUAUAAUCUUGGGUGGUGC